AUGGCUUCGAUCUACUUUGACGACUAUGCAUUCCCGAGCGAAUUGUAUGAGCGCGACACUGGCGAUUUCCACAUGACCAUCAGGACCUUGCUUGAUUUCACACCUCAGAUUCUAAGAGAGUUACCCAAGGAGCCCAAGGAUAGGAAACCUCUUCGAAUUCAUUUGGAAACGGCUUCCUUUUUACAACGCAACAGUAGACACGUUGAACGAUUUGUUCAUUUUCUCGUCGACUGCUGUAUUGAAUAUUUUGCUCGUACAACAACCUAUCGUCAUGAUGAACAACAACAACAAUACCAUUAUACCCGGUCAUCAUCUUCAUCUUCAGACAAGGAGAAACAACACCGCAGCAGCAGCAGCAGCAGCAAUACUAGUAAUAGUACGACAACUGACAAGCAGAAGAAAAAGAAGGAUGAUGAGGAAAAUGAAAAGGACAACAACAUCAACAAGAGCAAUACGAUGACCAAGUCGGCUGUUGCAGCAGGUGCGUUGGGCUUUUCAUUGUAUUCAACGUAUCAAGCCAGCACAGCAUGGGGCCAUGUCAAUUUCCAAAACCAGCUUGAGCGAUUACUGGACCACGUGUCAGCGGCAUUAAAGAGCACCAGUAUAUGGAUCAAGGAACGAGAAAAAAUGGAGGAUCCAGUGCAUGACAUGAUACGUCAAGAUGUUAUUCGCAUACGACAACUGGUUCAUCACGUCGAACGAUUGGAUUCUCGAAGUUUACGAAAGAAAGAAGCCACCGGAUGGGGCAUGGGCGUGGUGGGUAGCCUUUCAGCAGUAGGAGGAAUCGCUUGUGGUAGUAUGAUGGUGCUGAGUGGAGGUGCUGUUGUCGCUCUUGGAGGUGUACUUUUGACGGUGGCUACCAAAGGAACAGCAAAAUCAGAAGAGGGUGCAAGGGCCUUGUUGGAAGCUGAAGUACGUCGAUUACUCAAGGACAUUGAACGAGAAGGUGCCAGCAGACAAAAGAUAGUUACCGAAAUGCUUGGAUCCACUGAAAGCACAACCAAUUCACCUCUUUUGUCCAAAAACAGUGUAAAACAAGAACCCUCAUUCACUUUACCAAAACAAAAGGUCCCUGAAGCCUAG